AUGCAGCACAAGCGCAUUUGUCUCGGCCUCUUCGCCGCCUUUGCUGGCCUGGUCACUGCCGCCGACGACUCGGACGUCACCCAGCUCACUGGCAAGACCUUUGACGACUUCGUCAAGACCAACGACCUGGUCCUCGCCGAGUUCUUUGCUCCCUGGUGCGGCCACUGCAAGGCCCUCGCCCCCGAGUAUGAGGAGGCUGCCACCUCCCUGAAGGAGAAGAACAUCAAGCUCGCCAAGAUUGACUGCACCGAGGAGGCUGAUCUCUGCCAGUCCCACGGUGUCGAGGGCUACCCCACCCUCAAGGUCUUCCGCGGCGCCGACAACGUCUCCCCCUACGGUGGCCAGCGCAAGGCCGCUGCCAUCACCUCCUACAUGGUCAAGCAGUCCCUGCCCGCCGUCUCCGCCCUCGAGAAGGAUACCCUCGCGGACUUCAAGACGGCCGACAAGGUCGUUGUCGUCGCCUACGUUGCCGAGGACGACAAGACCUCUGCCGACGUCUUCAAGACGGUCGCUGAGAAGUUCCGCAACGACUACCUCUUUGGUUCCGUCGCCGACGCCGCCCUGGCCGAGGCUGACGGUGUCAAGGCCCCCGCCGUUGUCCUCUACAAGUCCUUUGACGAGGGCAAGACCGUCUUCAAGGGCAAGAAGUUCGAGGCUGAGGCUAUCGAGGAGUUUGCCAAGACCGCUGCCACCCCCCUCAUCGGCGAGAUUGGCCCCGAGACGUACGCUGGCUAUAUGUCCGCCGGCCUUCCCCUUGCCUACAUCUUUGCCGAGACCGAGGACGAGCGCGCCGACCUCGGCAAGGCCCUCAAGUCCGUCGCUGAGAAGCACAAGGGCAAGGUCAACUUUGGUACCAUUGAUGCCAAGUCUUUCGGCGCCCACGCCGGCAACCUGAACCUCAAGACCGACAAGUUCCCCUCCUUUGCCAUCCAGGACAUUGAGGGCAACAAGAAGUUCCCCUUUGACCAGGAGAAGGAGAUUACCGAGAAGAACAUUGCCAAGUUUGUCGACGACUACGUCGCCGGCAAGGUUGAGCCCAGCAUCAAGUCGGAGCCCAUCCCCGAGUCCCAGGACGGCCCCGUCACCGUCGUUGUCGCCAAGAACUACGACGACAUUGUCCUCGACAACAACAAGGACGUCCUCAUCGAGUUCUACGCCCCCUGGUGCGGUCACUGCAAGGCUCUCGCCCCCAAGUAUGACCAGCUCGGCGCAGCCUUCCAGGAGUCCGAGUUCAAGGACAAGGUCACCAUCGCCAAGGUCGACGCCACGCUCAACGACGUCCCCGAUGACAUCUCUGGCUUCCCCACCAUCAAGCUGUACGCCGCCGGCGACAAGAAGAACCCCGUCACCUACAACGGCGCCCGCACUCCCGAGGACCUCAUCGAGUUCAUCAAGGAGAACGGCAAGCACAAGGCCUCCGUCACCAUCAAGGAGGAGGCUACCGAGGAGGCUGCCCCCGCCGCUUCCAAGGAGAAGAAGGAUGUUGCCGACGAGGAGGAGGGUGACCACGACGAGUUGUAA